AUGUCAACACCAUCAUCAGCUACAGCUUCACGUAGCAACAGCACAUCCACAGCUUCAUCAUCCUCCACCACAACUACUACAAUCAAUAAUAACGAGCAGAUCAAAACCCUACUUGCGUGUGAUAUCGAUCAUCAUCAGCAGCAGCAUUAUCAAAUGAAUUGGACACCAAUGAAGAUGUCUCGGCCAUCAUCAUCAUCAUCAUCAUCCUUAUCCUUGGGCCAAUACCUGCUUAUCACCAUAUCAUAUUUGGCUAUCAUACUACUCAUUGCAUUCGUCACCACGUGUCUAUUCUGCCUCUUCCUUGCAAUCCGAUUACUGGAUGACAUGAUCCAUACGGUAGUACCAGACCGCUUGUGGGCAAUAGCACGUCGCCGGUUGGCUGCUGUGGACUGGGUAGCUGCUCUUAGUCGAUGGAGUCUACGUUUAGCAAGUUUGGCAGAGUGGGAAAAAAAUCGACGUGCAUCAUUGUAUCCAACAUUGAGUAAGCAUUUUGCUCAUAUUGAUGGAGACCGCUUGCAUACCUUUUUGUUUUCGCUCACGGGAUUCCUCUCCUCUUAUACCAACCGACGCACAAGCACAAGUAGUAGCACCACCUCUUGA